ACUGCGCCAUGAGUGACACUCUGGGAGGGGAAGCAGAACAAACUGUAACCUGCUGGCGGAUCCAUCUUGCUCGAAAAAGGAGCGAGGGUGAAGGCUUUUUUUUUUUUUCUUCUCCCCCCCCCGCAGUUUAGUAUCUGAAAUACACUGUAUCGCCCCCGUUAACCGCGCUGGGGAGCCCGAGGAGGGGCCGCGCCGCUGUUUGUAGGAUGUCCCGACAUGAGGGCGUGAGCUGUGAUGCGUGUUUAAAAGGGAACUUUAGAGGAAGACGGUUCAAGUGUUUAAUUUGCUACGACUACGACCUUUGUGCAUCGUGCUACGAGAGCGGCGCCACGACAACGAGGCACACCACAGAGCACCCCAUGCAGUGUAUAUUGACCAGGGUAGACUAUGACUUGUAUUACGGAGGAGACACUUUUUCAGUAGAGCAACCCCAAUCAUUCACAUGUCCUUACUGUGGCAAGAUGGGCUACACCGAGACGUCCCUACAGGAGCAUGUCACCUCAGAACAUGCAGAGACCUCCACAGAGGUGAUCUGUCCGAUAUGUGCUGCCUUGCCAGGAGGGGACCCCAACCAUGUCACAGAUGACUUUACAGCUCACCUCACACUUGAACACAGAGCGCCAAGAGAUUUAGACGAGUCUAGCAGUGUUCGGCACGUACGGCGGAUGUUCCACCCCGGGCGUGGACUGGGCGGUCCCAGAGCGCGGCGGACAAAUAUGCACUUUACUAGCGGCUCCACGGGGGGGCUCUCCUCCUCCUCAUCGCAGAGCUCCACCUACACCCCCAGCAACAGAGAGGCAAUGGACCCCAUCGCAGAGUUGUUGUCUCAGCUGUCUGGCGUGCGUCGCGCGGCGGGCGGCCAGAUCAACUCGUCGGGGCCUUCGGCCUCCCAGCUCCAGCAGCUCCAGAUGCAGCUGCAGCUGGAGCGGCAGCAGGCCCAGGCGGCGCGGCAGCAGGUGGAGACGGGCCGCCACGCGACACGGCGCGGCAACAACAACCAGGGCAGCGCCGGCAACUCCAUCCCUCCGCCCAACGCGGCCACCGGCAACAGCGCCGCCGCGGGCGAAAGCAACCCGACGUCCUCAUCCCACAGCUCCCAGUUCCUAUUAGCACGGUUGAAUGAACCCAAGAUGUCCGAAGCGGAGCGGCAGUUUCUAGAAGGGGAGCGCGCCGACCGCAGCCUGUUUGUCCAGGAGCUGCUCCUCUCCACGCUGAUGCGCGAGGAGAGCUCCUCCUCCGACGAGGACGAGCGGCGGGACUUCGCCGACUUCGGGGCCAUGGGCUGCGUGGAUGUCAUGCCUUUAGACGUGGCGCUGGAGAACCUCCAGCUCCGAGAGCGCAGCUUUACGGGGAAGGAGCCUCCGCCGCCGCCGCCUCUUUGAUGUCCGAGCAUCGAGCAGACUGUGUCCUCACUGCUGCAACUGUCAGUGAUGGGCAGGCGACAGCGGCAGUCCCCCCCCCACACCCCCCCUCUCUCUCCCCCCUCCUUCUGUUUUCUGAGUUUGUUUCUGGUGAUUGUAAUUUCAGGCCUGUCACCAUUUUUGUUACAUUGUAAACAAAAAUAAAUGAGAGCAAGUGGGGUAAAUGUGCGAGUGCGCAAUAGCAACCGAGCGAGAGAAGAGAAAUCUAUAAAUAUAUAUAUAUAUAUAAAAAAAUAUAUAUGAAGUUGAUAAUCAAUCCACAUAACAUUUCUUUUCUUUAUCAGGUAAAUGUUACAGGUAGCUGUGGCAGACCUUUUGCUUCCUGUGACAUGCAAAUGGCUCUCUGUAUAAAUACUCCACAUUCAAAAGUCAAGAGGGCGUAGGCUCCUCCGAUGAAGCUGCUGUGUGUGUUAAUGACUAUUAAUGAAUAAAAAGUGCUUGGAUGGGUUACCAUAACUACUGCAUGCAGUUAUUUGCAGCGUGCAUGACUUUUAAUGACCCUGUCAUUAAAACCUAAAAAGAAAUGUAUAUCCCAAAGCUUUCAACUGUUUUUAAAUGGUUAUUUUACUGGGAAUUUCUAAUUGAACUCUUAACCACAUGUUUUGUCAGGUUUUCUUUAAGCGAUUCGAUACGAUGGAGAGAAACCGGUUGGAUUCACGGAUGUGAGGAAUCGGCUCGAGUGCCGGGAGCUUUUGUUUUUCCUAGAAUGGUUUGUGUUAAGUGGUACGCUGUUAGGACAGUAUUCUUUAGGAUUUAUAGAUGCUUACAGUGGCCUCUCGGGGCUCCCUCCUGGUGCCGGAUCACACGCGUCAGACGCCUCGUAUGGAUUUCUUUGCCGGGUGAAGGGAGAAGGCAUUCUUAUUUCUUCUGCUAGGCGUAGCACUUUUUCUAUUUAUUCAUGUUUGUUUUUCUUAUUCUCCCAUGAUUCGUGAUGCGAGUCACGCCACCUUCAUGCCUAUACUUUUACCCUGUGUGAAACACAAUGAGAUGUAUAUGGAAUCUGUGCGUUAACUUUCAUAAUGGCUCCGAGACAUGGGCAGACAUUUUUUUUAAAUGUAAAUUUAGAAUACAAUAAAUAUAAACUGCG